AUGGCUAUCUGCAUAACCUUCGGCACUCACGAGUUCACCUCGCAGCUCCAAGGAUAUGAGAACGUCACUGCUCAAUGCCAGAACUGUGGUAACUGGUCGGGACGGUGUAUCACCAGAUGGCCGUUUUUCACUGUCUGCUUCAUUCCAGUUAUUCCUCUGGCCAUGCACAAGUAUAAAGAAGUAUACUGCCAUAUCUGCCGGUUUUCGCAAGACUUAUCUAUGAGACCGGAUGUCCAAUCUCAAGGACCUGGUGGCCAGAAUCAAGGUCAAGGGCAAGGGCCGCCGCCUGGAGGUCCUCCGCAUUACGGCCCACCGCCCGGCCAGCAAGGGCCGUAUCAACAAUACCAACCGCCGCAACAGCCCGGUUAUAAGUAA